AUGAUUGUUGGAUUUCUGAUGUUGCCAGAAUUGAUCAUAAGCAUCAUGCCUGAUGGUUUUCAACGGUUUGAUCCAGGUUACAAUGCGUACAUCUGUUAUCUUCACGUCCAAGCAGCUUUUAGAAACCCAGUUCUUCGAGUGUUUUGUCAAACACUGAUCGAUGAUCACGAAACACAAAGGAAAAGUGGAGCAAAGUGGAAACGUUCUCCCCAGGCCCGCGCCAAGUGGUUCAUCGCACUCACCUUGGCUCGCAAUCCACAACUUGCAGCUGAACGAAAACGUGCGAAGACUAUUUGUGUCACUGAAGAUAGCGACGUCAAAAUCGAUGUUGGUAAUGUUGGUAAUUAUGGGCCAGAUAAUACAGGAUUAAUACUAGAUGAGUAAACAAUGUAUAAUUUGUUUUUUCGAAUUUUGGUAAAUGUAGCGAUAGAACCGUAGAAAAACAAGUACAGUCCGUGAAACCCGUCUGUGAUCAGACCAGUUUUUCGUCUCUAAUAUUAUGAAUUUGGCUAAUUAUUAGAAAUCCUGUUUUAAUCCUAUUGGAAAACCGUCUUUACGUUAGUUUUGAGAGCACAC